AUGGAUGGUCUCCACGGAGACGACGAGGCGCACACGUUCCCUCCCUUCCCCUACUUCUCGGCGCCGUCGACACCGCCGCCACUCGCGUCACCGCUGGCCUCGUCGUCGGACGGUCAGCACAGCCCGCUCGCCGCAGCGCUCCAGCAGCUGACCCCGCCCCCGUGGCCAUGUACUCCUCCUGAUCUGACCCUUCAGCCGGCGAUGGGGGACGUGAACUGGUCGUCCCUGUUCCAGACGGGGCCGGUGGCUCUGCCGGAGCAGGAGGAGGAGGCCGUGCAGGCGGAUCAGAGCGGGGAGAACGACGGCGAGGCGGGUGGGAGCGGAAGUGGUAACAAGGAGAAAGCGAAGGGAAGCGCCGGGAGAUCGGGGAAGAAGAAGGCGAGCAAGCCGCGGUUCGCGUUCCAGACGAGGAGCGAGAACGAUAUCCUGGAAGACGGCUACCGCUGGAGGAAGUACGGGCAGAAGGCCGUCAAGAACAGCUCCAACCCUAGGAGCUACUACCGGUGCACCCAUCCCACAUGCAACGUGAAGAAGCAGGUGCAGCGCCUGGCCAAGGACACGGCCAUCGUGGUGACCACGUACGAGGGUGUGCACAACCACCCCUGCGAGAAGCUCAUGGAGGCGCUCGGCCCCAUCCUGAAGCAGCUCCAGUUCCUCUCCCAAUUCUAA